AUGGAUUGUUAUUGUUUGCCGCGGCGAUGGCGGAUGCAAGAAUUUUAUACAUGGAAGAAAAUCAAGUCCGAGACCAAGGCCGCUACAGAUUCAUUGAAUUUGGACGUGUUUCGGGUUCUACCGUUUUGCACGUGGCAACGUUCUAUUGGAUGUGUGUUAUUGUGGCUCGGUCAGCACAUUCGUCAUGUGGCCGUGGCGGCCGAGAAGUGGGGGAGAGUCUGUGAAAUUGCAGUUGGAUCAAUCAUCUCUCAUCACAGAACCCUAAUUCUCACUCAGACUUUAUCAAUGGCCGAGAGUGCGAACUCAGUUGUACCAAGUACCGAGCUAUUGGAAUGGCCAAAGCAGGAUAAGCGUCGUUUUUUACAUGCUGUGUACCGUGUGGGAGACCUUGAUCGGACAAUAAAGUUUUAUACUGAAUGUUUUGGGAUGAAGCUUUUGAGGAAAAGGGAUAUUCCAGAAGAAAAGUAUUCGAAUGCAUUUCUUGGUUUUGGCCCGGAAGAGUCUCACUUUGUUGUAGAAUUGACUUAUAAUUAUGGAGUUGACAAGUAUGACAUUGGGACGGGAUUUGGCCAUUUUGCCAUUGCAACUCAAGAUGUUUACAAAUUGGUUGAGGAUGUAAAGGCAAAAGGUGGAACUGUCACCCGUGAGCCGGGCCCAGUCAAAGGUGGAACAUCUGUUAUUGCCUUUGUCAAGGACCCAGAUGGCUACCUUUUUGAGAUAAUUCAACGAGGUCCCACCCCUGAACCUCUUUGCCAAGUGAUGCUUCGCGUGGGUGAUCUUGACCGUUCUAUCAAAUUCUAUGAAAAGGCAUUAGGAAUGAGACUUCUGAGAAAAAUCGACCGUCCAGAACAAAAGUACACAUUAGCCAUGAUGGGAUAUGCCGAAGAACACGAGACGACUGUUUUGGAACUUACGUAUAACUAUGGUGUAACUGAGUACACCAAAGGAAAUGCAUAUGCACAGGUUGCAAUUAGUACUGAUGACGUGUAUAAGAGUGCCGAAGUUGUGAACCUUGUGACCCAAGAGCUUGGAGGAAAGAUGACUCGACAGCCGGGCCCAAUUCCUGGAAUGAACACCAAAAUCACGUCUUUCCUGGACCCUGAUGGGUGGAAAACUGUUCUGGUUGACAAUGCAGAUUUUCUCAAGGAACUUGAGGCAAAAGAGUAG